AUGCCUACGUGUCAAGAGGAACUGGCACUCAUCUAUCAGCCGACAAACAGGCUGAACUUGGCAAUCCCAGUUACAAAAACGCCGGCGCCCCGCCGAGCGCCGCAGCAUCCCCCCUCCCGCCCUGCACUCGCUUCCGCAGGGCCCCGCCGCCGGGCGCCGAGCCCGCCUUCCCCGCCCGCCUGCCAUCCCCGCCCGCACUCUCCGCAGGUGGAGGGCUCCUGCCGUGGCCCCUGCCCUGCGCCCCGCCAGCACGACCGCGUCGGACCCGCCACCGCUCUGCCCCCCGCGCAGCCUGAGCGGCGCCGCGCCGUACCGUACCGUGCCGUGCCGUGCCGUGCCGUGCCGCGCCAGGCCGCCGGGUGCAAGGUCACGACGGCGGCCGUUCGCCAGGGACUGGCCGCAGCUGGAAAACCCCUACCUGGCAGCGCCGCUCCCCUCCGCGCCACUAUGGCGGGCCAUGCCGCGCCGGGCCAUGCCGUGGCCGGCGCCUCUCGGCACUUCCCACCUCCCGCCGCCGGCGGAGCUGCGACCGCUGUACCGCCUCCCGCCUCACCCCCUCCCUCGCUGCUUCCCAGCGCCCGGGGGGGACUCGCAGCCCCACUUACCCACGGCGCGGGGAGAAACAGCGGCCGCCAAGAACAAGCUUUCCGCGCCGCUCCUGCUGCUCCCGCCGCUGCUGCUGCUGCUGCCUCCGCGGCUGCAACAAAGGACUUCCGCCCCGCCGCGCCUGCUGCUGCCGCAGCGCCGGCUCCGCCGCGACCGCACGGAGCCGGACCCCUCCCCUCGGCGGCCGGCGGCUCCCGGCCCCGCCGCUGCCAGCGCUGCUGCGCCGCCGCCAAUGCCGGGGCCCGGCGGGCGGCUCCCUGCCGCGCUCCCCUCUCCUCCCAUGCCGCCGGGGAGGCGGCAGCAGCUCGGUCCGGCUGGCGCUGGCGGUGCCCCCUCCCCAUGUGCCGCAAGCCCGGCCCGCUCUGCUCCCGGGAGCCGCAGAGGCGAGUGGAAACCCACCACAUCCCGGUGCACGGAGUAGCACCCCACCGAACUGGGUGUCCUCUCAUUUUCCCUCAAACCAGCCGUGACCGAUGGUAACUGGGAUGGUUUGGUUGCCUGUGUGGAUAUCCAGUGUUUUGAGUUUUCACCCGCAGCCUUACGGCCUCCUGCCUCUGACUGUUUCGCUGCAAGCUGCGUGAGAAAGUACUUCCUUCUCACUGCAUUUUCAUGUAUUAGUAUCACCUCUUCCCUCUUGCAGUUUCAGGAUGAUGCAGGAUGCUGGGAGGAGAGGCUGGCAGCCAUGGGCUCAGAUUCUGCACACUUUCCCCCCAACACCCCCCAACCUUUCUAGAAUCUUUAGCAGGUCCUCUUCUCUUUCAGACUCUAGACCUCUCCUGCCUAAUAGCACCCAGCUCCUCUGCAACAGCCUCGGGGGAUUUUCGGAAGCUGUGAGCAACUCCUAUGACCUGCCACAAGGGUUCUGAGGAAACUGCAAGCAUCGGAAGUGUUUCAUCUGCGUAGCUGCUCACUGGGAGAGUCUCUAGAGAAGCCAUUGUAUUUAUGUUCGCCAUAACCAUCCAAGGAUCCCUCUUAGCUCCAGAGAAGCCAAGGGGGGAAAUUUAAUUGUAGCAAAGCUUAAAAACCUUAUUGCAACUUUGGAAAUAAAAAAAAGAAGAAGGAAAAAAAAAAAAGAAAGAAAGAAAAUGCCAUGAUGUAAAAAUGUACCAACAUCAAUCCCAGCAUCACUGACUUCCAAGAUUUUUCUGGAGCAUCCCUCCACUGUCAACAGGACAGAUCCAAUUAAGAGUCAUGGUUUCCAGAUGGGAUAGCAUCCUUUCACCUUGGAUCUGUCUGGGGAUUUUCUAACCUCUGUGUAAUAAAAGUGGAGCUUCCAAAA